AGCUUCUGAGGUCUUUUCCUUUUUUUUUCUUCUCAAGCCUGUGGGUUUAAGUUCAUUAGGAAGUGACAAGAAUUAUACCUGAGAAGAUGCCCCUGGCAGGCUUAAGCAAGUAAGCUUAGAGAGUCAAACAACAGUAUUGUGAAAGUCUUCCUGCCUGUGGCCUCACCUGGGAAUAUGGACCGAGCUUCUGUACACAUCUGUGUAUGUGUCUGUUUUGCUGACAGCUAUACAUUAUAAUCUCUCAGUGCUCAGGGCUCUUCCAAGCUGGAGGAUCUGUUCUAGUGUGAUAGAACAUUCAUCUGGAAUGCCUGCUGAUAAAAUACUUACUGAGUCAUGAAGACUGGGGCCACUGCUCUUAUCCUUGGGAGCCUGGUAUUGAUAACAUACCUGCCUUUGGUAUUGACGGCACCUGAACCGUUGGACGUCCCUGAGAAACUACAACAAGCUGUGGGGAGAGUCGUCGUCAAUACCACAGCAUGCAGUGUUACAUGUGGCCUUGGCUACAAGGAAGAGACAGACUGUUUGGUGGGCCCUCAUGGACUGAGGAGGGACUGCAAAUCCCAGCGUUUGGAGUGUCUGACCAACUGGAUCUGUGGAAUGCUCCAUUUCACCAUUGUCCAUGGGAAGGAGUUUGAGCUGAGCUGUCUAAGCCCAGACAUCCUGAAGGAGGGGCAGGAAGCUUUCCGCUUCACCUGGAAGCUUGCUCAGGGCAUCAUCUCUACUAAUGAUGAGAUUUUUAAACCCUUCCGAGCCAACUCCCCCUUUCUACGAUUUAAACCGGCCUAUGAGUAUAACUCUGGGACGUAUCGAUGUGACGUGCAGCGGCUAAAAAACCUGAAACUUGUCAAGAGGCUCUAUUUUGGGCUAAGGGUCCUUCCUCCAAACUUGGUAAACCUAAAUUUCCAGCAGUCCCUUACUGAGAAUCAGAAGUUGGUAGACGAGGGCUGGGAAGUUAAUCUCGACAACGAGUCUAAGCCUCACCUCCCAGUGUGGCAAAAGAAAGUGACAUCAGCCUUGGGCAUAGGGAUUGCUGCUGGAGUGGUUGGCGGUGUGUUGGUGAGCAUUGCUGUCUGCAGGGUCUUGGGAGGGACCGAUGGCAAUAGGAAUCUCAUCAGCUUAUAAUACAUGCCUUCCUCCUAGGAGGCUGCCUGGGUGCCCAGGAAGCUGAGCUAGCUUGUAUGCGAGUGUCUUGUGCCUCUGACGGUCAAGUGGCAAAAGAGGACUCUCAGCCAGAGUUGGCUAGGAGGCUUGGAGGAUGCAACUUCAUGGUAGUUCAGGACAGCAUCCACCAUUGUACUCAGGUUCCCUUGAUACUAGGUGCUCAGGAGAGCCACUGCAGGCUUUGCUUCUGUUCCUAGGAGGAGUUCUGUCUUCCAAGCUUGCUUUUCUGCCGUGCUUCACAGUGUGUGUGCCUCUCACCCCCACUCCACCUCUCUGAUCAGUAUGUAUGGACCAGAUGUACUAAUUGCAGCCUUUCAUUUUGGGAAACUUUUUAUUUUUGUUCAAU